AUGAAUAACCCUCAGAACCAGCAGUCCUGGUCCACAAAAAUUGUUCCUGUUGAGGCUGCUCCCCAAGAAAGUGAACCCACAACACCUGAGGCAGCAGUUCAAGACCCAUCACAACGAAGAGGGUAUCAAGAAUAUGCCAUUCAGCAAACCCCAUAUGAACAGGCGAUGAAAUCAAGCAGGUUGGGUCCCACUCAGCUGAAGAUUUUUACAUGUGAAUACUGUAACAAGGUGUUCAAAUUUAAACACUCCCUCCAAGCACAUUUGAGGAUUCACACCAAUGAAAAGCCUUACAAGUGUUCACACUGCAGUUACGCCAGUGCAAUCAAAGCCAACCUGAACGUUCACAUGCGGAAGCAUACAGGGGAGAAGUUUAGCUGCGAUUAUUGUGCGUUCACUUGUCUCAGCAAAGGCCAUCUCAAAGUCCAUAUUGAAAGAGUUCAUAAGAAAAUUAAGCAGCAUUGUCGCUUCUGCAAAAAGAAGUACUCCGAUGUUAAAAAUUUGAUCAAGCAUAUCAAGGAAACACAUGACCUUCAAGAUAAAAAGGUGAAGGAUGUUUUCGAUGAGCUUCGCUUGAUGACACGGGAGGGCAAAAGACAACUCCUUUACGACUGUCAUAUUUGUGAACGCAAAUUCAAAAAUGAACUUGAUCGAGACCGUCACAUGCUUGUUCACGGUGAUGAAAGACCCUUUGCUUGUGAGCUCUGUGGUCAUGGAGCCACUAAAUACCAAGCCCUUGAGCUUCAUGUUCGAAAGCACCCAUUUGUGUAUGUGUGUUCUGUGUGCCUGAAGAAAUUUGUCAGUUCUGUAAGACUCCGCGCUCACAUCAAAGAUGUGCACGCAGAUAUGCAGGAGAAUUCUGUUUUUAACAGUUCUAUCAAUCAGAGUUUCUGCCUUCUUGAGCCCGGAGGUGAUAUCCAGCCAGAAGCCCUUGGUGAACAGCUAGCACGGUGUGCAGAUGAAUUGACUGUCAUGAGUACUGAUGCUAUUAACACAGCACAACCAUCUGCUUCUGACAGUGAAUCAACAGCUGCAGAUGUAAACCAUAAUGGUCAACAUAAUGGCGUCUUAAAAAUCGAUACGAUCCCUUCCUUAGAAUUUGAAAAUCCUCUGGUGGAGAAUGUAACAGAGGCUCUGUGUGAGACCACAGACUUAGCAGUCCCAAACAUUGAAUCCUGUGUCGCAUCAGAUUGCUUUCUGCAGAAAAAUGGUACUUCUGGACCAGAUGAGUUAAAACUUUCUCCUGCAAAUGAAGAGGAAGUUAAUCACUGCAGUUCUGUAAGCGAGCAGGGUGAAGAAAUUCAGCUUUUGCUGUCUGAAGACAAAAGUUUAAAUCCGAGUCAGAACAACGCAAUGACUGAGAACCUUUCAGUCUCUGAAGAGACAAAUCAAUCUGCUCCUUCUACACCUGAAGCUAAUGCAGCCGUCGGCCCGCAGGGAGCCCCUUCUAAUACAUCCGACAGUGGGAGUGGAGCUGUGGCCUUUAUGCAGAUCUUGGAUAGCUUGCAGAAGAGACAAAUGAACACAGAGUUGUGUGAGAGGAUAAGGAAGGUUUAUGGAGACUUAGAAUGUGAAUAUUGUGGCAAAUUGUUUUGGUACCAAGUGCAUUAUGACAUGCAUGUUCGGACGCAUACUCGAGAACAUUUAUAUUACUGCUCCCAGUGCAAUUAUUCUUCUAUCACCAAAAACUGCCUUAAGCGUCACGUCAUUCAGAAACACAGUAAUAUUUUGCUGAAAUGUCCCACAGAACAUUGUGACUACUCUACUCCAGAUAAAUACAAGCUCCAGGCACAUCUUAAAGUUCACACGGACCUGGAUAAAAAGAGUUAUUCCUGUCCUGUGUGUGAGAAGUCAUUUUCUGAAGAUCGACUUAUAAAAUCUCACAUCAAGACAAAUCACCCUGAGGUGUCAAUGACUACUAUUUCUGAGAUUCUUGGCAGAAGAGUUCAGUUGAAAGGACUUAUCGGCAAACGAGCUGUGAAAUGUCCCUACUGUGAUUUUUAUUUUAUGAAGAAUGGAUCAGACCUUCAACGUCAUAUUUGGGCUCAUGAAGGUGUCAAACCCUUCAAAUGUUCUCUCUGUGACUAUGCCACUCGCAGCAAGAGUAACUUGAAAGCACACAUGAAUCGUCACAGCACUGAGAAAACACACCUUUGUGAUAUGUGUGGGAAAAAAUUCAAAUCAAAAGGCACUUUGAAGAGCCAUAAACUCCUUCAUACUGCUGAUGGAAAGCAGUUUAAAUGUACAGUGUGUGAAUAUACAGCUGCCCAAAAACCACAGCUCCUACGUCAUAUGGAACAACAUGUCUCUUUCAAGCCUUUCCGUUGUGCACAUUGCCACUAUUCCUGCAACAUAUCUGGUUCCCUGAAAAGGCAUUACAACAGAAAACAUCCUAACGAAGAGUAUGUAAAUGUAGGUUCUGGGGAGCCUGCAGCAGAAGCCCUUAUCCAGCAAG